AUGACUGAUCCCGCAAAAGUUGUAAAGUAUUCUGACAUGUUGAGGAUCAUUCACGAGCCGGAGAAAGUAAUCGUGGAUGUUCGUAACCCCGAAGAGUUGAAGGAAACUGGAAAAAUACCUUCCAGUAUGAACAUACCAUUGGGAAAUUUACGCGAUGCCUUAUCAAUGUCUGAAGCAGACUUUAAGAAACAAUAUUUACGAGAGAAACCGACGCAAUCAACGGACAUCAUAUUUUAUUGUAAAUCGGGAGUAAGAGCGUCAAAUGCACGUGAUCAGGCCCUGGAGUUAGGAUACUCAAAAUCAAAAACUUAUAUUGGCAGCUGGACGGAUUGGUCAAACCACUGA